CACCGGAACGCCGCACCUGCCGUUCCAGUCAACGGGCGUUGUAAACAGAAGUAUGCUGCUAUUCGUGUUUGACCAUUAGCUCAAAUUUCAAUUUGAACACAUCGUGAUGCGCCUUUGUUGUCGAUUGGGUCAACGUUGCGAAGCUUUUGGAUAAGAUUAAAAGCCGUCGGAUCAUCUUGCUGAGGCAUUCCAGCUCCUCUCUUUGGAUUUACCGGACAAGCAAUGGGUGGUCUGGUCAACGGGCGGCGUGGAGGAAGGUCUCCGCCUUUAAUGAUCGUCGCCCUGGUCGCGUGCAUCCUGGUUCUGGGCUUCAACUACUGGGUGUCCAGCUCGCGUAACCUUGAGCUCCAGACCAAGCUGUACGAACUGGAGGGCCAAGUGCGUCGCGGAGUGGCAGAGCGCGGCGCUGACGAGGUGAAAAAAUCAGAGUUCCAGAAAGAGAUCCACAGGCAGAAGGAUCAAAUUGGACUCCUCGAGAGUCACUAUAAGAACCAGCUGGAGGGGGCGCGGGACACCUGCAUCCAGGAGAAGGCAUCAUUGCAGCAGAACAUUUCCACCAGCACCAAAACCAUACAAGAACUUAAAGGCCAACUGAAUCAAAUGAAUGACGACCUGGUGAAGCUUCAGAAGGAGCUGCAGGCUUGCCAGAGCAACGUCAAAACCCUCAACGACAAACUCACGUAUGACAUGACACAAUGUAACUCACAGAUCCUGACACAGAAGGAACUGUGUGACGAGCGAGUGGCCGCCGCCAAACUGGAAGUCCAGAAGAUGAUGACCAAGCUCACCCACAUCCAGGAUGAGAAGGCAGAGGACAAUGGUGUCAAUGCGGAAGGCGAGACGACGAACGCGUCCCUGAAGGGCUCGGCUGACUUCAGCCACUCCUCCAAUCUCACGACGGCCAAAGCCGACGAGCGUUUUGCAGCGUACGCCAACAACAUAUUUAAGGAGAAAGGUGCUGCAGCGGACGAGGAGGACGUCCACCAGUCGGAUAUGACAAAAGAUGGAACAAAAAAGCCUGCCAUGGCCCUUCCGGCACAGACCAGCAAAUUCUCUUUGUCAAAUAACCUGACGCAAGUGGACGUGUUAGCUUCCCCGGGCCAAGGAGUGGACCCGGGAACAGAACGUGUUCUGAUUGGCCAAGGGGAAGCCAACAUGACCGCCUUGGAAGAGAAACUGGAGAAUUAUGACCGUGAUGACAAGCAGGUGCUGGGAGGAGAACUGGGUCAGGACAAACAGCAGCAAAUGAGACGGGAUGAAACCAUAGACAAAAUAAUGGAGGAUGAGCUGGCCGACUACAACGGCGACGACGACAACGAAGGAGAGUUUGAGGCUGACAAGCAAGCUGAACUGGCUCAGAAUUAAGGAAAGCACACCCGGUGGACAUGUGAAGAAUUGCGGCUUUUUGACUGCCAGUUGACUGGUUGAACAUGAACAGCACCAACAUGAUAGUUUAAUUUUUCUGAGUCAUAUUUGAGCUGGCAAGAUGGACGUGGUCACUCAUUCGCCAAAAUGACUACUGAAUGAAGUUAAAGCACAUUUGUUGUCCCAUACAAACAAAUGGACCCAGAACCGUUGAAGAAUGAAGUCAAAUAUUACCUGCCCAGCAGAUCACUUUGAUUUUAAAUGUGUGUGCUAGACAGAUUUUUUUGUAAUGUGUAUAUUUAGACCUGCUGAAGAAAGACUAUGAAAAUCAUACAAUAAAUGUGGUGUUGAAAGGA